AUCCCGCUUGAUCGUGAGACAUUAAGCAGUGUGACCUUGGUCGUCUUGGUGACCGAUUCAAAACUGCCUCCGGUGUUCACAGCCACAACCACGGUCUCUAUUGAAGUGUUGGAUGAGAACGACAACGCACCGAUAUUUAUCAAUCCACCCGCGGACCCGAUCGUGAACGCGGGAAGUUCGCGGGGCCGAAAAACGUCCAAAUCGUUCACAGUAAUGGAGAAUGCCCCACGUUUCACGCGACUCAGUGAACAGUUGGAAGCUCGAGAUCCGGACCAGGUAUGUGCGUGCGCUUUGCCGGUGCCACUGUGUAAAGUACAUUUCUUUUGGACUCCAAAGCAGAUCCAAGGUCAAGUAUCUAGGGUUUUAUUAUUUUACUUGUCUGUGUUCAAGAUAUAUAUAUAUAUAUAUUACAAGUCUGAGGUCAGACUGUGGGCCAAACAAAUCACAGUACAAUAA